CUUUUGUGCAAAGUUCAGUGUCUCUAAAACAGACCAGUGAUUGCUCAUCUCCUCUGCCCAUUGAACGCUGCAUCAAGUCCUUUUUUCCAGUUUGCGGUCCAGGUCCAGGCGGCAGCUUUGAUUCAGAACAAUUCCUGGAUUUGGAGAUGGGGCUUCUUCCAUGUUUCGGAUAGUUCUGACACAAUAAUGAUAUUUUAAUUCUGAAGAAUUUAAAAACUUGUCAACACCGUGGACUUCUGAAGAAUUUGUCCUGCUUUUAAGGCCCAAUAUGACUUCAAUCUUUGUGAAAGAUGUUGCUUUUCUCUUACUUACAGGUUUGUUGAAUCUACUACCUCCUACCGACUGUGAUAAAAUUCGGUUGGUUGGGCCUUCACGUUGCUCCGGCAGAGUGGAGAUCUUCCACGAGUCCAGCUGGGGAACGGUGUGCGACGACCACUGGAGCAUCACCAAUGCUGAUGUGGUGUGUCGAGAGUUAAACUGCGGCACGGUUCUGGAGGCCAAGAAAUCUGCCUUCUUUGGCGAAGGCAAGAAUGAGAUCUGGCUGGAUGAUGUGCAGUGUACCGGGUCUGAGGCCUCCAUCAUGAAGUGUCCGCACAAGCCCAUUGGGGUAAAUAACUGCGGCCACGGAGAAGAUGCUGGAGUCGUCUGUGCAGACAAUGUGCGGGUGGUCAACGGAAGCAACCGUUGCAACGGCAGGGUGGAGGUGUAUCAGGAUGGCCACUGGAAGCGAGUGUGCAGCAGCGACUGGGGCAAGGAGGAGGCCGAAGUGGUGUGCCAAGAAAUCAAAUGUGGCACACCCUUGCUGACUUCGAUGCAAAAUUAUGGCGAAGCGCAAGGCCUGCAGGGGAUCAAAACUACCUGUGUUGGAAAUGAAACAUCAAUCACAAGCUGCCAACUUCAAGAAUUUAAAGAGAGUUGUGUUGAUGCUACUGUUUUCUGUACCAACAGCAAACAAAUACGACUCAUCAAUGGGACUAAUCGCUGCUCAGGCCGAGUGGAGGUGUAUUAUGAAGGACAGUGGGGAACCGUUUGCGAUGACAAAUGGGGGAUGCAGGAAGCAACUGUUGCAUGCCGAGAAAUGAACUGUGGCAAUGCGAUUAUGAUCAAGUCCAAAGCCUUUUUUGGCAGAGGUUCUGACACUGUCUGGAUGGAUGAUGUUGAAUGCCUUGGUCAAGAGAAGUCCCUUGCUGACUGUCCACACAGGGGUUUUGGAGAACACGACUGUGACCACAAUGAAGAUGCUGGUGUCGUGUGCUCAGAAACACUGCGACUCAUCAAUGGGACUGACAGAUGCUCUGGCAGGGUGGAGGUGUACAAAGAUGGCAAAUGGGGAAAAGUUUGUAAUAAUAACUGGAGCAAGAAAGAAGCCUCAAUUGUGUGUAAGGAACUUGGUUGCGGCACCCCAAAGAAACAUGAUGAAACUCUCAGCUUUGGUGAUAGCUUCCUGAGAGGGUUCAUCAGCAGGUGCUCUGAUGAUAUGACUUCCAUCAGCCAGUGUACGCUGGAAGAACACGUAGGGAGAUGUGACGGUGCCACUGUGGAGUGUACUGGUAAUCCAUCAAUUAGACUGGUGAAUGGUACUGACCAGUGCUCGGGGAGAGUGGAGAUCCUACAUGACGGCCAGUGGGGAACCGUGUGUGACGAUGAGUGGGACAUCAGGGAUGCUCAGGUGGUGUGCAGGGAAAUGAACUGUGGAACUGCUCUGACAGUCAAAAGAUCAGCUUUCUAUGGUCAAGGCCAAGGAGAAAUCUGGCUUGAUGACAUGAACUGUAAAGGUAAUGAGACCUCCCUCUUGCAUUGUCAACGCCCCUCAUUUGGAGAAAACAACUGCGGCCACGGUGAAGAUGCUGGAGUAACCUGUUCAGCCACCAUUAGGCUCUUAAAUGGAACUAACCAGUGCUCAGGCAGGGUGGAGGUCAACAAUGGUGGUCACUGGGCACCGGCGUACAGUGUCAAUUUUGGAAUGAAUGAAGCUGCUGUGGUGUGCCGAGAGAUGAACUGUGGAGAUCCUGUCAGGGUGUCGACAGCAUUCGGUCAAAGUGACGAUCUACGAGGCUUUAAGAUCUCAUGCGGGGGUAGGGAGGGGUCUCUUACACAGUGCUCAUUGAGAGACUAUGUCCGGAACAGAAAUGAUCGCAUUCAGGAGGUAUCUGUUGAAUGUUCUGGUAAUGUGAAGUUGGUUAACGGUCCUCAUCCUUGCUCUGGACGAGUUGAGUUUUACAACAACGGUCAAUGGGGGACUAUUUGUGGGGAAUCCUGGGACCUCUCUGAUGCAUCGGUGGUGUGCAAACAGCUGGACUGUGGGAGAGCUCAUAAAAUUUCAACAAUGACUGAGUAUGGCCUCGGGUCGGGACACACUUACACUCAUCGACUUGAAUGCAAUGGAAGGGAGUCGACUCUUAGCCAGUGCUCGCAGAGACCCAUUGAGCCUCAAACUUGCAAUGCCACCUCAGUUGCUGGUGUCGCCUGCACAGCAAGUCUGGAGGUCCGACUGCUGAAUGGUAAGGAUGAGUGCUCUGGAACGGUGGUAGUUCGGAAUGGUGAGACUUGGCACACAGUGUGUGACACAGACUGGACCCAAAGCAAAGCCAACGUGGUGUGCGAGUUGCUGGAAUGUGGGGAUGCUUUAACCGCCCCUGGUGCUGCCAGUUUUGGCCAGGGCAAUGGGACAGUGGUGGAGGCGAGUGAUUCAUGUUUUGACAACGUGACAUCUCUCAAGCAAUGCUCACUUCAAGGAUUCAGAGCAUCAACCUGUGGGCACGAACAUGAUGCUGGUGUUUUCUGUGCAGCCCGCUUGCAGCUGGUCGGCGGCUCCAGCCAGUGCUCCGGUAGAUUGGAGGUCUUCUAUAAAGGGCAGUGGGGGACUGUGUGUGAUGACGACUGGGAAAUGAGCAGCGCUGACAUGGUGUGCAAGCAGCUUGGUUGUGGUCAUGCGGUUUCUGCCCCCACUGGCGCACACUUUGGAAGAGGGUCCGGUCCAAUAUGGCUGGACAACGUGGUCUGCACCGGAGAAGAGUCUGCACUCACUCACUGUACUCAUAAUGGCUUUGGAAUAAACAACUGUGGACAUGGGGAGGAUGCUGGUGUCAUCUGUUUAGGUGCUUUACAGAAACCCCAGAUUGCUAUACACCCCGGUCCAGAGGUGGGCUGGGGGGAAAAAGUGGAAAUCACUUGCACUGUGGAAUCGGAGCACAUGGGUGGGACGUUUUUCCUGAAAAACACUCAGGGAACAUUUUCAAAGGAGAAAUACUCUGAGCACGAAGCUGCAACUUUCACCUUCCCUUCUGCUGACUUCAGCUUGAAGGGGUCUUACUUCUGUGAAUAUCAUAAGAAACUGCCUGACCAAAUUAUUUAUUAUCCUCAGGGAAAUCCAGCGGACAUCUCCAUCACAGUAAAACUAGAUAAGCCCCACAUCUCUCUAUCAUCUCCUCACGUCAUGGUGAUGUACAGCCCUCAGAAAAUCUCCAUCCCCAAAGGCAGCUACUUCGUCAUCAGCUGCUCCACUUCUUCUAGAUACGCAAACGGCGUCUUCUCUCUGAGGAACGUCAAAACGAACACUUCUGAAGUGAAAAUAGCUGAAAGCCACACCUUCUUCUCCAUGGCGUCCUUUGAAUUCCCUGAGGUGGAUCUACUACACCAAGGAGAGUAUUCCUGUGUUUAUGGGAUUAACAUCUCCGCCCACUCCUUCUGUUCCCUUCCAUCAAAAACUCUUCAAGUCAAUAUUGUUGCAACGAAGUCCUCUUCAGUCGUGGCAGCAGUUGUGAGUGUUUUACUUGUGUUGCUCUUCCUGGUGGGGGUCGGUUUCGUGGUUUGGAGAAAGAAAUGGCGAGGCGCAGGUGUCAUGGUUCAGUUUAGCAAACGGUUUGGAGAAGCUGUGAAACAAGACCAGGAAGACAGAAGCAAUGGGGGAUUAGAUCAAAGAGAGCGCACCAACCAGCUGUAUGACAAGAGUCUACCAAGUCACAGUGGAGGAGACGCCAACGCCACUGCUGAGUUGGAUAAUGCCGCCGAGAGAGUCCCUGAAGACCUGGCAGGGAGGGUGUGUUACGAACUUGAACCUCUGGUCGAUUCCUUAUGAAUUUAGACAAUAAUUCUGACGUAACAUAAAGCUGGAAAUCAGCAGAGUUGACGUUUUUUUUUUUUGUGUGUGUUUCUUCAUCCAAUCAUCUCAUGCUGUAAAAAAAAUUGUAAACUUCCUAAUUUUUCUGUUUUUUUUUUUUGUUUUUUAUGUGAGAACCUGACAGCUAUGGUUUUUGUAGAAGGAUGUGAAGAAGGAUCAGACAAAAGAUUAACUUUGUAUUCUUAAAAUAAGUAUGCAUUUAAAAGCUGAUCGAUACAUUUGUAUUUUCCUAAAACACCUUCCAUUCAGACGUGUUGAUGGGCUCAAAGACAUUUAUUAGACAAUCCACUUUUAUUCAACUUAAGCAGAAAAAUAAAGAGAAAUUGGGUUUUUAAAUCUCUUAUUAAGAC